UUUUUUUUAUUUUUUUCCAUUGAUCCCUGCCCGCCGGAGUGAGGAACACUGCGCCGCACACUGCGCUCCCAGCCUCGGGAGGAGCUCCCCCCACCCCCCCUGCAAGCUGUCUCCUCCGGGCCACAGAAAAGGCCAUAAGGAUGUGAAGGAUAAGAAGUGAAACACACAUCUGAUGAGUUUCGCUCCAGUAUAGGCGGAAGCCUCCUCAGAUGGCAGUUUGAUCGACCAAGACCCAAGCCACCAGUUGCUUCACCAUGAGUGAGGAGAAGAGCCUUGGGGUAGCCCAGAAAACGCUAUCGCCUUCGAGGAGCACCAGCAACUGCUCAUCCAAGCAGGGAAGCCGACAGCAGGACAGCUGGGAAGUAGUGGAGGGACUCCGGGGAAGUAUGAAUUUUACUCAGGAGCCACCAGAACAGAAGGGAUACCUGCUGAAAAAGAGGAAAUGGCCCCUCAAAGGCUGGCACAAGAGAUUCUUCUUUUUGGAUAAAGGAAUUUUGAAGUAUGCCAAGAGCCAAGCUGAUGUAGAGCGAGAAAAGCUGCACGGAUGUAUUGAUGUCGGGCUCUCGGUGAUGUCUGUAAAGAAGUCUUCCAAGUGUAUAGAUCUCGAUACGGAAGAACACAUAUAUCACCUGAAGGUGAAAUCUGAAGAAGUCUUUGAUGAAUGGGUGGCCAAGCUUCGCCACCACCGAGUGUAUCGUCAAAACGAAAUUGCCAUGUUUCCACUGGAUGUCAACCAUUUUUUCCCAGGAUCCACAGUCACGGACUCUGCACCUGGAAUGUUUGAUUCUGUUUCAAGUAGAAAGGGGAGCAGUCUGUCUAAGCAGAAUUCGGUGCAAACUGGAAGUGGUUUCUCAUUUGCUUGUGCAAGUGGGGAGACCAGGAUUCCCCUUUGGCUGCAGUCUUCGGAGGACAUGGACAAAUGCUCAAAAGAUCUGACCCACUGCCAGGCCUAUUUGCAGGAAAUGAGCCAGCUGUUACAGAGCAUGGAAGUUCUUCACAGGACCUAUUCCGCACCUGCUAUAAAUGUCAUACAGGGUGGAGCUUUUGAAAGUCCCAAGAAGGAUAAGCGAUCACAAAGGAAGUGGAGGUCGAGAGCAAUUGGGAAGGAUGCUAAAGGGACCCUGCAGGUCCCUCCAGUCUACUCUGGCCUAGUGAGACUCCACGCUUCCAAUCCUAAUUUAUCAACACUAGACUUUGGAGAGGAGAAAAAUUAUUCCGAUGGCUCUGAAACCUCAACAGAAUUCUCUAAAAUGCAAGAGGAUUUGUGUCAUAUUGCACACAAAGUUUACUUCACCUUAAGCUCAGCCUUUAAUACCAUUUCAUCUGAGAGGGAGAAACUGAAGCAGAUGCUAGAACGUGAAGCUUCCUCAUCUCCAUCUGCACAAAUUGUUGGCCUGAAGCAUGCUCUUUCCUCCGCCCUAACCCAAAACACAGAUCUUAGAGGCCGCUUACGCAGAAUUCAUGCCGAGUCUUUGCUCCUUGAUUCAGCAACCUUUGCCCAGUCGAGUGACAUUUUGGCGGAGGAAAACUCCAGAGAAGGAAACAGAGUUCUAGUUCAUCAGCUUUCCAAUGAAAGCAAGCUCUCCAUCUCCGACUCCCUGUCAGAGUUUUUUGACGCCCAGGAGGUUUUGCUGUCUCCCAGCUCUUCAGAAAAUGAGAUUUCCGAUGAUGAUUCAUAUGCCAGCGACCUAAGUGAUAACAUUUCCGAAGAUAACCUCAGUAAUGAUCUGGAUAAUGAAAGACAAACUUUGGGGCCUAUGGUGGCAACUGUUGGGGGAAGCCAGUCUAAACGCAGGACUUGUCUGCCAGCCCCCUGCCCCAACACGAGCAACAUCAGCCUGUGGAACAUCUUGAGAAACAACAUUGGCAAGGAUCUCUCCAAAGUGGCCAUGCCCGUGGAGCUGAACGAACCCUUGAACACCCUGCAGCGGCUGUGUGAAGAGCUGGAAUACAGCGAGCUCCUGGACAAGGCUGUGCUUCUGGACAACCCGCUGGAGCGGAUGGUAUACGUGGCUGCUUUUGCAAUAUCGGCGUACGCAUCCAGCUACUUCCGAGCUGGGAGUAAACCGUUUAAUCCGGUGCUUGGGGAAACUUAUGAAUGUAUCCGUGAGGACAAGGGCUUCCGAUAUUUUUCAGAGCAGGUCAGCCAUCAUCCACCAAUAUCCGCGUGUCAUGCCGAGUCUAAAAAUUUUGUGUUCUGGCAAGAUGUGAGGUGGAAAAACAAAUUUUGGGGGAAAUCUAUGGAAAUUGUUCCAAUUGGUACAACCCACGUGACUCUGCCAAGUUUCGGCGAUCAUUUUGAGUGGAACAAAGUAACUUCUUGCAUCCAUAACAUCUUAAGUGGACAGAGGUGGAUCGAACACUAUGGAGAGAUUGUCGUCAAGAACCAGAACGAUGAUAGCUGCCACUGCAAAGUGAAUUUCAUAAAGGCAAAAUACUGGAACCCAAAUGCCCAUGAGAUUGAAGGCACAGUCUUUGACAAAGAUGGAAAAGCAGUGCGUCGGCUCUUUGGGAAAUGGAAUGAAAGUAUAUAUUAUGGGACUCCAUCUUCCGCCACGUGUAUCUGGAGAGCAAAUCCCAUGCCAAAAGGUUAUGAGCAGUAUUACGGUUUUACACAGUUUGCCCUCGAGUUAAAUGAGAUUGACCCAUUGAUACGAGCAUUACUACCACCGACCGACACACGGUUUAGACCGGACCAAAGGUUUCUAGAGGAAGGGGAUAUAGAUGGAGCUGAAUUUCAAAAGCAAAGAAUUGAGCAGUUGCAAAGAGAACGACGGCGGGUCUUAGAAGAAAAUAACAUGGAGCAUCAACCCAGAUUUUUCAGGAAAUCUGAGGAUGAAUCCUGGGUGAGCAAUGGUAUCUACCUGGAUCUUAGGAAAGACCUUGGUUUUUCCAAAUUGGACAAUCCUAUCCUAUGGUGAAAGCUGUCCUGAGAGGAUAUGUCACCAUACUUCUCUGCUGAUAGCUUUCUGAAGCUAUUCGUCCUUAUACAGUACAGUGUGUAUUUAAAAGAAUGAUAUAAUCACCUUUAUCUUAGAGUUGUGAGGAUAUAUUUUCUUCAACUGAUUUCUUUACGAUUUUGAUUGUUACCAUGAUUGUAAGACUGUAGAACAUCGUAAUUUCUUUUUAUAUAUAAACUAUUUAAUAAAAUUAAAGAUUGAAUGUUAUUGGCUGGGGAAAAAAAAGCUUUAACACUAAUUUUCCAAAGGUUUAAUGCAAAUUAAAUUAAAUGUAUGCCUUAUUGAAUUUUACUGAAGGAAAAAGAAUUCAUCAUCUCUGAGGAGUGUCGGAAUAUGGACAACAUUCAGGGUCUGCUCACCCAAAAAGGAGCUACCAAAGUUUAAUUUGGCAGCUCAGCUAUCUUUCUGCCUCAGACAGCUCUUGAAUUGCUCAAACAGAACAGCUCUGCUGGUGCUGGAGUCUUGUUUAAUCUUUUUAUUUUUAAUUUUUGUGGGAUGAGAGGGCAGGUUGACGUGAGAUUAGUAGAAUACCUGGUGUUUUUUUUUAAGAUGGGUUUAAUCGCCUCCUGGAAGAGGUAGUACUGAGUUCGAAUGUUCUGGUAAUUCUGUUGCUUUCUUUUCAAAAUUUGCUAUGCUGCUAAAGUAAUAUGAAGAAAUCUAAACUAAAUUUCAAGUGUCCUACAAUGCAAUGAGUAGAAGACCUAUGAUGAGAUUAGGAAGAUUUCUCUGCUUUUUUUUUCUCCUUUCUGUAUUGUCAUUUUUAUGUGGUGUGAACUUUAAAAAAGGGACAAUUUAAAGCAUGUAUUGUAUGCGCACCUCCAGGCUUCCUGAUUUUGAUCAAUCUGAAACAUGCCACAGGUGAACUUUACAAACCGUAGCAGAAUCACUGGUUGUUUUAAGAGGAUCAAACAUGUUUUUCUUAACUGCAGUUUUAGUAUUUUCUACCUCGUGGAAGUAUCGUAUUUUAGAUCUUAUAUAAAACUAUUGACCAUCUGCCUUAGCGACAAAUGUGUGGAAUCUUUGAUCUUCCUUUGAACUAUUGGUUGUGUUCUCCUAGAUCCCUAAGCAUCCUACAGUAUUUGUAUCUCUUUCCACAUUUGUCUUGUUUGUUAAUUUAGCAGUAGUCCAAUAUAGAGUUAAGGUACCAAAAAUGUACAUGAAGAAAAUUAUCCUUUGGUUCAGGUUUGAGUUAAAAUUGUGAAAACGUAAGUGCUUAUUGAAUUGCACGUUCAAUUCCAUUUCUGUUUUUGGUCAAAUUUACAUUAGGGCAACAGAAUCCAUAAACUUUCUAGUGUGACAUGCGCAGCUCUGAUGGAAGUCAGGUAUAGAUGUACAAGAAAGAUUUUAAAAAGUGAAACAAGGCAUGGCACAAAUGAAGUGUGAGAUAAGAAGUCAGAGUAAAGAAGACUAAGGAUCUGCCGGAAUUAUCACCACUAUUUAGCUGGGAAUAACAACAGUGCAGUAUCAGAAUAGAAGAAUAUUUUGAAAGAAGCUACAGUCUUGUGAUUCCUGCAGUUGACCGAUGGAUUUAUUGCCUGUACUCCCUCGUGCUUAGACUGUGAGCCCCACGUGGGACAGGGAUUGUGUCAGACCUGGUUAACUUGUAAUCUAUUCCAGCACUUAGAGCAGUGCUUGACACAAAGUGCUUAACAAUGACCAACUCCCCUUAGUAUUUUAAAAUCAUUAAAAAACCCUUGAUAUUUACAUAUUGAAUCUAUUUCAUCCUUGGGUAUUCAGAUGCCAAGUAAAUAUAGUAUGAAUACUUUUCCAUUUCAAAGCAAUUGUAUGGCAUCAUUGAACUUUCAUUGUCUUUAGUUUUUGUCUUCCAUAGCAUCUUCCCAAAUUCAGGUAGGCAAGAUUACUAAGAGCAAAAAAGAAGACCCCCAUACCCCACACCCCCAAUUUGGGACUAAACCGAGUAAUCCAGAGGUCUCGGCCUCAAAAUAACAUGUUCAAGAAACUGAUUUUGAAACUGGAAUCCUUUGGGCAAAUGUGUUCAAUGUUUAAUAAAUGAGGACGACUCAGGGGUAAAUUACCCUUAGGGUCCAGUUUGCCAAAGUAGUAGCUCAUCGGGAGGUUUUGUGUGGUCACAGAUGUAGAGAAGCAGAGGAGAAGGAUGUGGUGAGCACUAUUCCAUGUCCACCUCUGCAGGCUGCCUUUUUGGUCUAGGCUGGAGUGGGUAUCGCUGCUGUUACCUGGGAUGCUAGGACCACUGCAAACCCUCUGCAACUGGAAGUCCAAAAUUGCAGUGGAGGUGGUGUGAAGUAAGGGCAGAAAUAGCGGGGGAGAGGCAGCCUCUGCUGUGCCUCUCCUGCUAUCCAAGGAGAAGACCUGAUGGCCAGGAGGGGUGCCUGCACAUGUUACUUCAGAGAGAGAAGAGGAUGGGGAGGGGGACAAGGGAGUAGUGAGGAAAAUGUAUUUUCUCGCUUAUAUCUCCAUCAGCCUCUUCCUGUUACCGUCUUGUCAGAAAAUGAAAUGUAUUUACCGAUUUGAUUUGCUUUUCUUCUCUUUAGUAAUAAUGUACUAGGUUACUGGUUAAUCACCGAGGAUUUUAUUCAUUCUUUUCCGCUUCGUAAAUAGGGCAGCUCGUGUCCAAAUGCAUCGACAGCCCAUUCAUAAGAAGGGGUUGGACAUACUAGCUUCAGAUCCUUUUACUUGGGUUAUUUGAGAUAAUAGAAUAGUGGGUGGGCAUCAGGGAAUAAAGUUGUAUAAUGAGAUGAAAA